CCACCAUGUCCCAGACCAAAACCCUGAAGGUCCGCGUGACCCUCUUCUUCAUCCUGGUGGGCAUUGUGCUGGCCCUGGUGGCGGUGGUCACUGACCACUGGGCCGUGCUGAGCCCCCACACGGAGCACAGUGAUGGCACCUGCGAGGUGGCCCACUUCGGCCUCUGGCGGAUUUGCACCAAGCGUAUCAUCCUGGGCGACAGCGAGGACAAGAACUGCGCAGCCAUCACCCUGCCCGGGGAGAAAAACUGCUCCUACUUCAGGCAUUUCAACCCAGGUGAGAGCUCAGAGAUCUUCGAAGUCACUACUCAGAAAGAGUACAGCAUCUCAGCGGCUGCCAUUGCCAUCUUCUGCCUGGGCUUCAUCAUCAUGGGUACCAUCUGCCUCCUCCUGUCUUUCCGGAAUAAGAGGGAUUACCUGCUGAGGCCAGCAUCCAUGUUCUAUGCCUUUGCAGGUCUCUGCAUCUUGGUCUCAGUGGAGGUCAUGCGGCAGUCCGUGAAGCGCAUGGUCGACAGCGAGGAAACCGUCUGGAUCGAGUACUAUUAUUCCUGGUCCUUCGCCUGUGCCUGCGCAGCCUUCGUCCUCCUCUUCCUCUUCGGCCUGGCCCUCCUGCUCUUCUCCCUACCUCGAAUGCCCCAGAACCCGUGGGAGUCCUGCAUGGAUGCUGAGCCUGAGCAUUAGCCC